UGCGCCUGAAGCCUCCGGAUCCCAGCCAGCUUUGGUCCAGCCCUCGCCAGUCGCAAUCCCCAGUGCCCAAGCCAGUCUUCGCUGCGAGCGGCAGCAUGCGUGCAGUGUCGCGCCCCGGGCUCUGAAAGCAGCCUGUGGACACGCUUGCUUGCCUGUCUUUUCAGGUUUUGGGGCUCUUGGCUACACGAAUGUGCCUCCCUCCCUUGGCAUGAUGGGGAUCUUUUUGGCGUCUGUUGGAUUUGUGUUCUUUUCCGUGUUAUAUGUACAACAAGGGCUUUCUUCUCAAGCAAAAUUUACCGAGUUCCCGCGGAACGUGACUGCGACCGAGGGACAAAAUGUGGAAAUGUCCUGUGCUUUCCAAAGCGGCUCUGCUUCAGUGUACCUGGAGAUCCAGUGGUGGUUCCUUCGGGGACCAGAGGACCUGGAGCAUGGGACUGAGGCGGCCGGCUCUCAGGUGGAGCUCUUACCCGACAGAGACCCAGACAACGACGGGACCAAGAUAAGUACAGUGAAAGUCCAAGGCAAUGACAUCUCCCACAAGCUUCAGAUUUCCAAAGUGAGGAAAAAGGAUGAAGGUUUAUAUGAGUGCAGGGUGACUGACGCCAACUACGGGGAGCUACAGGAACACAAGGCCCAGGCCUACCUGAAAGUCAAUGCCAACAGCCAUGCUCGGAGGAUGCAGGCCUUUGAAGCCUCACCUAUGUGGCUACAAGACAUGAAGCCUCGAAAGAAUGCAUCAUCAGUGGUUCCCAGCAGCAUCCACAGCUCUGCCAACCAACGAACGCACUCCACCUCCAGCCCUCAAGCGGUAGCCAAAAUCCCCAAACAAAGUCCACAAUCAGGUGCGAGGAUAGCUACAAGCCAUGGACUUUCUGUCCUGCUUCUUGUUUGUGGCUUUGUGAAGGGUGCUUUGCUUUAA